AUGGAUCCGCGAAGUCAGAGGCGCAGGUUCCUUGCUGAUUCUAGCCUACUCGACAUGUCCAGCAUACAAUCCAUUGUGACGCCUAAGUCUCCCCGUGCAAGCUCAUGCGGGUAUUGCGGACCUCCGGGCGGCAGAAGCCUAACAGCAUCGAGCCACAAAGACGGGGGUCUGAUUGCGGUGCGGCUUUCCUGCGAUGUAAGUACGAAUGCGUACCAGAAGAUGAUCGAUAGGGGAUGGAGGAGAUCUGGUACGUACUGCUACAAACCCGAUCUAAGGCGCUCGUGUUGCCCGCAAUAUACCAUCAAGUGA